GUGAGAAUUAAUUAAUAAAGCUUGGAGGCCGAUUCAAAUUAUUCGAUUUUUCUAUAUCUACCAAUUUGAACUAAAAACUUUUAAAUGCCCAAGAAAAUGAAAACCACACACUGAUACAAGAACCGGACUUGGUACGAGAAAGAAGAAACGACGAGUCCCAUCGUCGAAGAAGAAACAUUUUUUUCUGAUCAAAUCGCAUCCACGGUUUGCCUGGGAAUAAAAGGAAUUAGAUCAUUCAAUCAUCGAGAAAGAGCAUUGCAGGGUGGUUUUGCAUCUGAGAAAUGGAUCCUGGUCGCUAUGGCCUUCAGCAAGGAUGGGAUAAUAACAGCGCUCUGGAGGGGUAUGGUGCUGUCCAUGAGCCUAACUACCGCAGGGUUGGUGGUUCAUAUAAUAAUAGGAGGUUUAUCAAUGACCGGUAUUCAAGGGAUAAUGUCUACCCAAGAAAUGCCUUCCACAGGGACAUUCUAGAGAGGGAGAAUUAUCCCCCUCCUGCUGUUGAUGUUUGGCCCCAAUCAAGAAGGAGAAGUUAUGAAGAAGAAUACCCCAUCGAGAAGGAGUCUAGGAGACAUGAGAGACAGAACUUUGAUUCUUAUCAUGAUAUGGAUGCUGUUCAUGAUCGGGAUGGCUACCAUAGCAUCGACAACUACCGUGAUCAUAAAUUUGACAGGGCUUCUAGGUUUGGGGAACAUGACCGUGAUGAUUAUGCAUAUGAUGAUUAUGACUAUAAGUCACGUACUUCCUAUCAGAAACGGGGGGAUAGCCGUGAGAGGGAUUAUGAAUAUGGUCGCCGUAGUUAUGAUUCUGAUUAUGAAAGAGGCAGCAGGAGAGAUGGCAAUUGGAGGAGGCAUGAAUCCCAUGAUCGAGAAUGUGAUAAGAGAGCUUUGAGUCAGGAAAAAUCUCAGAGUCCACAUAGAUGGCAUGAACGAUCUCAGUCUCGUGGAUAUGAUGAUCGUCCUAGAUCCAGGUCCCCUCGAAGUCGAAGUCAUAGCCGAAGUCAACGGGAGGACAGCUAUGAUGAUGGCAGACAUGAGAGGAAUGAAAGGAGGAGGGACCGUGAAGACAAGCGUCACCCUGGUCAUUAUGACAUGGCUCCAUCCGCAACUGUUGUUGUGAAAGGUCUCUCACAGAAGACGACUGAUGAAGAUCUUUACCAGAUACUUGCUGAGUGGGGGCCGCUUCGCCAUGUUCGUGUGAUCAAAGAGAGGAAUUCUGGCAUCUCCCGUGGAUUUGCGUUUAUUGAUUUUCCUUCUGUGGGAGCAGCAUGUGCAAUGAUGGAUAGGAUUGGGGAUGAUGGUCUUGUUGUUGAUGACAGAAAGCUUUUCUUUGAGUACAGCAGUAAGCCAACUGGGGGGUCAGGUGGACCUUUUGGUCAAGAUAAAUCUGGUCAGCACAGAAAAAUCACAGUGCCAUCUGAUUGGAUGUGCACCAUUUGUGGCUGUAUCAAUUUUGCAAGGCGUACAUCCUGCUUUCAGUGCAAUGAGCCACGAGCUGAUGAUGCACCACCAGCAGAUAUAGCUUUAUCAAAUCCACCAUCCUUAGGAAAGAAAGGAUUUGAGGCAGGUCCAACUCAUGUUUUGGUAGUUCGUGGAUUGGAUGAUAAUGCGGAUGAGGAGAUGCUUCGCUAUGAAUUUUCCAAACAUGCUCCAAUAAAGGAUCUUCGACUGGUUAGAGAUAAGUUUACUCAUGUUUCAAGGGGAUUUGCGUUUGUACAUUUCCAUUCGGUUGAGGAUGCUACUAAAGCCCUUGAUGCGACCAUUGGAACCACUCUUGAGAAGAAUGGGCAGAUCUUACGAGUGGCUUAUGCAAAGAGCAUUCUUGGCCCAGGGGCAUCAGGACCGUCACAGUCAAGCAGCUUAGCAGCAGCUGCAAUUGAGGCAGCGGCAUUUUCCCAACAGUAUGAUGCUGCUGGAUGGGCACCCAAGGAAUAUAACCCAGAUGACAAUCAAUCUGCUGGUGGGCAGGAGCAAGCCGGUGGGGAGAUUACAGUUCAAAAGGAUGGUUCUGCACCACAAUCUGGUUUUGUGUGGGAUGAAGCAUCUGGUUAUUACUAUGAUGCUGCUUCGGGCUUCUACUUUGAUGGAAAUACAGGUCUUUAUUAUGAUGGCAAUCAAGGGGUUUGGUACUCUUAUGACCAGCAAACUCAGCAGUACAUCCCUUUCACAGAUAACAAUGACAAUAAAGCAUCUAGUAAUCAGUCUGAGAAUUCCAAGUCAUCUGACGGUUCCAGUAACAGAAAAGUAGUAAUUUCUGCUCCAGCUGCUACAAUUACAUCCACAGAGAAGGCUGCCUCAUUACCUGAUGCUGUCCAGGCUGCUGCUUCAGCAGCAUUAGCUGCAGAGAAAAAAGAGAAGGAGAAAGCAAAAGAGAUAAAACUUGCUUCAAAGAGCAGUAUUUUGGCUAACAAGAAGAAAAUGAACAAUGUAUUAACAAUGUGGAAGCAAAGGAGUCAUGAAGGACAGACUACCCGUGUGGCUCUUGAUGAUAGUCAUCCAUCUACUCCAGCUGAUGACAGGUCGUUUUCAGUUGGGCAAUCCACGAAGAGCAAGUUUAAAUCUGAUACAACAACCACAAAGAAGAGCUCUAUGUCCAGUUCAGGAGUAGUCACAGCUCCAUCUGCCCAAACUAAUGGUUUGGAGUCUUCAGUCAAGCCAAGACCUGUGAGCAACAGCUCAGGAGGGACUUUGAUGGGGGUUAUAAGGGGUUCUGGACGAGGUGUUGUGAAGUCUGAUACUUCAUAUUCUGGACCAUCUGCUGGUGUUUCUACAUCCAAUGCUGCUGUACCUCUAACCAUGGCAGGUUCAUCAACAAAUGCAGAUACAUCUUCUUUUGCAACUCCUUUUAGGACAGAUGUAUCUGCAUUGGGCUCUUACACACCACCUGUGGCUGCUGGGAGUGGCAAGAGGAGAUUUUCUGAAAUGCCUCUACCAUCUGCUGCUACUCACAAGGAGCAACCACAAAAUUCCUACAGGGAUCGUGCAGCUGAAAGGAGGAGCUUGUAUGGUUCUUCUUCUGUUGGAGACGAUUUGCCUGAUGCGGAUCCUCAUCUUAGUUUUCCCAAACUUCUCAGUGAUUCGAGUGAAUGGGUUCCCAUGUUUUACUUCAUAGUAAUAUUAACUUGUGAGGAAUCCUUUGUGUUUGCCAUUCAUGAUCUCUUAAAGAUCGGGAUUCUGCAUUCAAAAGGAGUACUUUGGAUCCAAUGCCUUUCCCCCCUGGUGUUGGAGGAGGACGUGUGAUUGGAGAUGCUCAGAGUUAUGAGGUGAUUACAGCAGACAAGGCACUUGGUGAGAGCAAUGUAGGCAAUCGAAUGCUUCGCAAUAUGGGCUGGCAAGAGGGCUCGGUAUCAUUUCCUUCUCUUGCACUUGUAGUUUUAAUUGUGCUAAUUUAUGGUCCACUGUUCAUAGCUAUGCUGAUUAUCCUUUUGAAAUGGGUUCGUGGCUAGUAAAUCAUCAGUUACUGCUGAUAACUAUGCUGAUUAUCCUUCUGAAAUGGGUUUUAGUUAGUACAGCCCUUUCUUGUCUAAAAAAUGCUCAAAAAAACUUUAUAUAUCAUUAGAGUUUUGCUAAUAUAUGAAAUAAUUACUUCAAUGGUAUGAUGUUCCUCUCAUAUCUUUUCUGUUACAUGCUUGUGCUAGAGUCCAAUCGUAUAUACUGGUUAUCUAUGCUUUUGCAGUAAUCAUGGUACUAGAUUCUAACUCGUAUCCAUUGUGGGGAUUGUCUUCUCUGGUUUUUGUUAUGAAUUGCAGGGGCUGGGGAAGGAUGGCGGUGGAAUGGUUGAACCAGUUCAAGCACAAGCCAUAGAUAGGAGAGCAGGACUUGGGAGUCAGCAGAAGAAGUUGGAUCCUAGUCUUGAGGUGCAGGCUGGGGAUAGUUACAAAACACUGAUUCAAAAGAAGGCUCUUGCUAGGUUCCGGGAGAUGUAGAUUAGGGCUUAAGCUAUGAGGCUGUGGUUGUAGAUAAAUGCAAUAAGCUAUGACGCUGAGGGUGGAAAUGUGGUAGUUUGGCGGGGCAAGGCAAGUGCUUUUAAGUGAUUUACUGCAAACUCAAAUCUCGUCUGCAAUAGCCAGUCUUUGUAGAUUUGUAAAAAUUCAUUCAUAGAAGCUCCGGAAUUUUGUCUAAAUUGUUUCCUUUUCUUCCCCAAUGACCAGAGUUGCAAUCCUACUCCUGCUGUCAAAGAUGCUACAAUAUCAAAUAUCAACAUGCCAUUGUAAUGACAAAGGGAAAAACCAGUGAAAUGGAUGAAUAAAUUUUAUCUUCAAGUUAAAAAGAA